CGCGUUGCGUGGCGCUCGCGUCGGUGCCAUCAGAGCUUCAAAACAAAGUUGUUUUUGGUCACGCGUUUAUCGCGCUUUUGAUUAAAAUGAUUGAGGAACACGAUGAACGGGACGAGCGCGAAACAAUAUGCGAUCCAGUGAAUUCCCUGGGUGAAGGCUGUCGUUUGCCGGUUAAGAUGCAUGGCACGGACGAUUGGCCACUUGCUGAAAUUAUUAGUGUCAAGGAAGUGCAAGGUGUCAAGUGUUACUAUGUCCAUUACGUGGAUUUCAAUAAACGGUUGGAUGGAUGGGUCAUGGAAGAUUGCCUGGACACUAGAAAGGUCCAUUAUCCCCGUCGCGAUGGAACAGCACCAGAAACUGGUGCAGCAACGCCAAAAAAACAGGUUGUCAGCAGACCUCCUAGUCCCAGCAGCAUCAGUAAUGAACCUGUCAACGGUUCUGCUGUGCUACAAGCUGCACUACAAAAGAAGAUGUCCAGGAAGAGAAAAGUGUUUCUAGAGAGUGAGGAUUCCCAGGACGGUCCACCACAGACGCCUCAGGGUCCCAGGCCUACCGGUUCCCUAGUGGCGCAUCAUCAUGACGACGUGGUCACGAGGAUGAAGAACGUAGAACUAAUCGAAUUAGGCCGUCAUAGAAUAAAGCCUUGGUAUUUCAGUCCGUAUCCCCAAGAGAUGGUGAACCUGACAUGUAUAUACAUCUGUGAGUUCUGUCUCAAGUACAGGAAGAGUCGAAAGUGCUUGGAGAGGCAUUUAGUCAAGUGUAAUCUACGUCAUCCACCCGGGAACGAGAUAUACAGGAAAGGAUCGAUAUCGUUUUUCGAGAUCGACGGCCGCAAGAAUAAGAAUUACGCGCAAAAUCUCUGUCUGUUAGCGAAGCUGUUCCUGGAUCACAAGACCCUCUACUACGACACGGAUCCCUUCCUGUUCUACGUAAUGACGGACUUUGACAGCAGAGGGUUCCACAUAGUCGGCUACUUCUCCAAGGAGAAGGAGUCGACGGAAGAUCACAAUGUAGCGUGCAUUCUUACACUGCCACCGUACCAGAGGCGAGGUUACGGCAAGCUCCUAAUAGAAUUUUCCUACGAGUUGUCGAAAUUCGAAGGGAAGACUGGUUCCCCGGAAAAGCCGCUGUCCGAUCUGGGUUUGCUCUCGUACCGAAGCUACUGGGCGCACACGAUACUCGACGUUCUGCUGAACACUAAGCCUGUAGUGGAGAACGAGAAACCGCAGAUAACGAUAAGCGAGAUUUCCGAGUUGACGUCGAUCAAGAGAGAAGACGUAAUAUCGACCCUACAAAAUCUGAAUCUCAUUAAUUAUUACAAGGGGCAAUAUAUUGUAACGUUAAACAGGGAGAUUAUCGAGCAGCAUAAUGCUGCGAUGGAGAAGAGACAGAUUAGAAUAGAUCCUAAAUGUCUACAUUGGACACCAAAAGACUGGAGUGUCAGAGCUAAGUGGUGAAGCGAGCCCCGAACAUUGACAAUAAAAUGUUAAUUCUUGUCGUGGAAUUGUCGUCAGAAAAAUUCAGAAGUGAUUACAGUUAAGUGUACAAAGAAUGUAUAUAUAUGUCCUUUAUAUGCAUACAUGUGUAUAUACGUUGUGUGUGUGUGUGUGUGUGUGUGUGUGUGUGUGUGUGUGUGUGUGUGUGUGUGUGUGUGUGUACACAUAUACGCAUAUGUAUGUAUAAAGAAACAAUGACCGCACUGGUCUAGCGUCGAAGACUGUGUCCAGCAUCGUACAGCAUUGCUUUCCGCAAUGUUCUAGAGACUCAUUCAAAACAGCUAAGAUAGUAUUUCGCGAGUGUUCGCAAACUUUACCUGGGAGGAAGAUAUUUGCUGAUGCUCGGGUAUAACGGAUAUACUUAGAGUCAAGCGCAGUGUGUUCUUUUAAUAUGGCGAUUAGAGUUUUUUUAAAGAUACACAGGUGGCUGUUGUGCAUUGUUAAGCAGCGAUCGAAAUUUGUACAGAACAUCCAUCGGUCUUGUAGAAUUGUAAAUAAAUGUGAUUUUAUAACAUACUUACAACUCCUCUACGGCUCAAGCGCAUUAAAAAUUUUAUAGGGAGAUAUUUGUAUAGGCUCAAUAUAAUAAUAUACUCAGACCGCUAUUUGUAAUCGGAGUAGCAGUAAUAUGCAGGGACAUGAAAUGAAGACUUGCGACGUAUCCACCGUGUGUAUGUAAAUAUGUACACAUCUUUUCAGAUUGUUAUUUAUUGUAUAUUUUUUCCCCGACGUUAAUCGAGAUAUAUCUUAGAUAGCUAUGUAAUACUAUUAUAUAAAUUGCCAUGCGAGUACAUUGUGCAUUAAUAUUUUUGUGAACAUGAGAUAUAUAAGGAUGUAUACAUGUUCUCAUUUCAAGAAUCUUUUAGUCAUUAAAAUUAACGCUCCCGUGAGCGAAGACAAGACUAAACGCCGCUAGUGCAGAAAUUUAAUGUCACACGAAAGUGUAAUUUAGAAGUCAUUAGAAUGUGGAUUUACUAAAUUUCUAAUAUGUCAGGGUUACUAAAUGCCGUCCGGGAUUCUUUUAUUUGUGAUUUAAUCACAGAUUAAGCUCGAAUUUCUGUCGUUCGAUUAACAUUAUAACUUCGUGAUGAAAAAUGCUCCCGUUCAUUCAUAUUGAUUCAUAUUAAUUCUCAUAUUAACUAUGUUUUUAUUCUGUAUACAGCAAAAAUUUAUAGUUACCAAUGUGCAACUUAAUUUGCAAAUUUUUUAAAAAUUCUGUAUUAAAUCUCUCACACAGAAUGCAAUGUGUUGUUUUAAUGUACCACGCAUCUUUAUCAUACAUAAUACUUUUUAAUAUCAGAUUAUUAUUUUCGUGAAAAUCAGCUGCAUUCGCAAAGUUUUACAAAGAAAUGUAUGAAUAUAUAAAUUUUUCUUAUAUUAUCAGUAAAUUUUUAUACAUGAUCAGUUAAUCGAAUUAAAGCGAGAUUUGCUUGAACCUUAAUUUAAUCUGUACAAAAUUUGGAUAAAUUUUAUCACGUUAAUGCUAUUAUGAUGACUUAUAAAUUUUUAUGAUAAUGAAUUUUUAUUUUAGAAAGUAAUACUAAUGCAUUUUCUGCCUGAAACUGCAUUUUCAAAACUUCAUCAUGUGCGCAUUCUCAAUCACACGAAAUCGCACAUGAUUCUUACAUGUUAAUCGUGUUACAUAAUACAUAGGCAUGAAAUUUUAUUAAAAAAGAGGCUAUUUCUGUUUUUCGCCAAGUGCAAUAAUAUGCAAUAAUAAGACAGUAAGAAGUAGGAGAAAUGCUUAUUUUACGUGCACUUUCAUGUGUCCAUUAUGCACUAACUUGACGAGGUUGUACACGAACACAUAUAGAGAGGAUCUAAUACAAUACAUUUUUAUUGCAUAUAUUACAUAAUAGAUCAGUCAUAUGGUUGUCUUUAAAAAAUAGUUUGCUCGUACGAAUAUAAAUUACAAUUUCACUUUCACAGAUUCGCGACAGACUUUGUUCGGUGAGCGAGGAGAUAAAAGAAAAGACAUGACUUUAAAUACAGCUUCUUUUAUGUGUGUGUGUGUGUGUAUAUAUAUAUAUAGAUAUAUUUUUUUUAUAUUCAACAGUAACAUCACAGUAGCUUCAUAUACAAUAAAUUUUUGUUCAUAAUUUCAUCUGUCUUUUUGUAUUCGUUACCACGCAAGCGCGACACGGCGAGUUAAUCCUAGGAUUCAUUACGUGAACACGUCAAAUGGGAAGGAAGAAACUCGGGUGCACGCACUUUCCAUUAAUUAUCAGGUCACGGUGAUCUCGUAUCGAUACGCUCGCGCGAAAUUGGAAACACCUUUUUUUGAUAUCUACGUAGAUCCAUCGAUAUUUGA